AUGUCGCUUGCCGUGGUAGACGAAGGAGAAGCUGAUGGGAAUCGCCCGCAUCCACAUGGACUUGACACCUGCAGGACUGCUCGGCCUUUGCGGAUUGUUGGGCUCACCGGCCUUCUUGGCACGAUUUCCAUUGACCUGCAGACAACGGUGACCGAGGCGCAGAAGAUGAUUGCCAAGUCUCUAAACAUCCCUGUACCGGAACAACACCUCAUCAGCCAAAGCCGAUGCCUUUCCUGCAAUGAGCUUUUGGGUGGCGCCCUGGGGGAGAACCUCGAGGUGACGCUGCUCAGGUGUGACAGGAAGACCUUGAUACUAGAGUCGGCGAAGCAGACAGGAUCAGUGGCACUCGAGCGAGCACGACGCAUGGUGAAACUUUCGGGCAGCAUCUCUUGA